AUGGCGUCGUCUUCCUCGUCCGCGGCGCCGGCGCCGCCGUGGAUCAUCCUCGGCCGCAUCACCCACGUGCAGAACUGGGGGGACAUCAAUCUCAGGCUCACCGCGCCGCCGCGCGUCUCCACCCUCACCGUGCCCACGGUGCACCACCCUGAGCGCGGGUACGUCGACAGGCACCCCUACAUCGUCGCCGUCGACGAUGACGCCGGCUUCCUCAUCCACGUAUCCAUGAGUCCCUACAUCGGCUUUGACUUGGACCGCAACCCUCCGGGCAUCCUCUACGUCGUGCUGGGCGACUUCGUCUGGCCACACGAACGCUUCCCGCCCAUCAGCAGCGCCAUGCCUGUCCCCGACCGUGACUGGCCCGAGCAGCCCGGCAUCUCCAACAUAAAAAACGUCGGCCUCGUCUCCCGCCGUCGCCCCGGCUGCGACGACCCCGAGUACGUGGUCGCCGAGCUCCGCUUCGAGGACCACGACCGCGCAAGCCUCCUCUCCUACCACUCGAGCACGGCCGAAUGGUUCGAUAGGCGCGUGCUCUGCGGCCCCUCCCUGUCCGAAGUCCGCCGCUGGACGUGGUCCUCCCACGACGUGAUCCCUCACAACGGGAAGCUCUGGUGGGUCGACCUCGUGGAGGGAAUCCUUCGCUGCAACCCUUUCGCCCAGCAGCCGAAGCUGUGGUACGCGAGCCUCCCGGAGGCGGUCGACGGGCUCACCGCCCGGUACACGAGGGAUCCACCGGAGAACAUCGAGAGCCACCGCAUGGUGAGGGCGAGUCAGGGCGCGGUGCGGUUCGUGGACAUCGCCCGCGAGCGCAUCAACGACCCCGCGGGAGAAACGCUGGUGGUCAUCUGGAAGCUGAUCCUCGGUCCGGGUGACUUGUCGUUCUGGAAGCAGCAGUGCGCGACGAGCCUAGCGGAGAUCUGGGCGAGCGACAGCUACAGGGAGACGAAGAUGCCGGAGGAGGUCCCCGUGCUCGCGCUGUUACACCCCGGCAAUCCCGACGUGGUCUACUUCUUCCUGGAGCAGUACCUCUUCAGCGUCAACGUGUCCGAAAGCAGGGUCGUGGAGUUCGUCAGGGAGCGCUGCGACCUGAUCCAGGUGGUCGCCGGGCCAGUGCGGCCGCCGCCGAUCAGCUGGCGCUACGUCAUCGCUUGGGUGCUGCCACCCUCGCUUGCCAACAGUAAAGAGCUUGAUAACAAGGAUGAGAAGCAUGAUAACCAGGACGAGAAGGAUGUGCGCCACCUGCUAAAAGAAUGCGUCAAAAUUCCGCGCCGUCCCCUGACGUACCUGUGAAUGACAAGAAUGAAUGAAGAUCGUGUAGGAGCGUAAGAGUGAGCUUUGUUGCUGUUUCCUGUGUUGACUGACCAGACAAGAGUGGGGUACUCCUGAGCUUAGUCACCGGCGUGGAACCAUGCCGUGUUCCUCAUGGUUGCACGUUCUUCGUUCCAGGAAUAUCGUCCUAGUUCUGGGAACGGCGUCCUAGUUCUGAGAAUGUGGAAACAAUCUGGUUAUCAUCUUGUCAAAACCUUUCGUAAGUAACGUUUUACGUUUCUCGAUCACGUUCCUCAACCCUAUCAAUCCAAGAAUUUGGUGACUAUGCUCGUGAGUAUGGACCGGGUUCGAAGUCUUUGGUUGUAACAGACUGUCCAGUUUUGUUGGUUCUAUUCUAUCCAUAUGCUUUUAUCUGA